AGACUAGUGGAGUCAUUCUUAUCAUGUGGUCGUAUGCAAAACGUUGUUAAGAAUAUUCAAAGACUGAUUGAGUGAUUGUAUUGUGGUUGCAUUUGCGAUACAGAGAACUACUUUUUUUUUUUGGUAAAAGUAUGUAUUUAUGCACUAUUUCUUGAACGAGAAGUUGAGUAAAAGACAAAGAUGUGCAUUCGCUGCAAUUCAUUCAGUCGUGAAAAAUGAUUGUCCGGAUGACGUUACUUUGAAAUAAAGUAGAAUCUUAGCGUAAUUUUAUCGAAGUUUUCACGUUUUAUCAAUAUGAGUUUAUUGAAUAAUUUUUCGAAAGAGGAAUCCGCGAGACGAGUGCAUAAAAUCGACUGCUGUCAUUCUGCCUCACAUCAGUUUACAAACCAUUACUCGAGGCAGUUCCCAGAUGAUCCUUGUCCAUCUGGUUUUAGAAGUGAGCCUUACGAAAUUGAAACCGAAAUUGAUGAGUUAUUCAUGAAAGAUAAAGACGUGUGCAUUGUGUGUGGAUAUGUCUCAGCCAACGAAUUUUUCAGUUUUCCAAGUGAUGUUGACACUCGACAGCAGUGGGCUACCUUCUGCGACUUAGCUUUUGACAUGAUAAAGCCGCAUUUUCGCCUUUGUGACAGACACUUUAAACCUGACGAUUAUCGAAUCGCAAUUCAACGUAAAUUAUUGAUACCGAUGAGUGUUCCAACAUUGCUACCAAAACUGAAACCUGGCUGCGCAUCUUCAAUCAACAACAGCUUACAAUCUAGUCUAAAUACCAUCGACAUUUUUAACCAAACGUUUGAUAAGAAUACAUCGAAAAACUCGAUGUACAGCCCUGUCUUUCAAAGUAAUAUGCUUAAUACCACCGACGAUGCUUUAAACAAGCAAUUCCGCAGGAUUUUUGGAGGUAUCACAAAUAAUUAUAACGAUGACGUUCCUUCUAUGACGAAAAAAUUGGCGUGGAAGAGGAAACUCAAAGUUGAACAAGGUCGACAGCAAACAAAAUGUUUUCGAUCUGAAAUUUUCAGAUUAAAAACACGAUGUUCUCGUCUCGAAGACACUGUAGCUGAAUUAAGAAAAAGAAUCGAACGACUGGACGAGAGAUGCUUUGUUGCUCCAGCAGAAAUAGACAGAAACAUAGCAGAAGAUACUCGCGACCGAAGACUGGCGAUUCAUUCUCCAGAAACACUGGAGGACAGCUCUUGUACUACGGAGGCACUGCCUACAAAACACUAUGAAAAAGUUGCCUUUGUAGAGACUGCCGUAAAUGACGUUGAAGUUACUCACCCGCACCAAAGUAAAUCGAGCGAUGAUCCUUGUAAUACAAUGACGCGACUAUCUGGACUGCAGCAGCAUUCUGAAAAAGAUCCGACUGCAAGCACAGAAAUUUCCGGAAAUGUUGCAGAAGUCAUUUGUAACUCAAACUUGCCCAUGUUUCCCGAAGUAGAGUGUAUGGACAGUCUUUCUAUUGCAGAUGCGGCGCAACCUGAAGACCAUUUAAAAAAAGUUGCGCUCAUAGAAUCUAUGGGAAAGGUUGCCGACGAAGAUGGGUACUUUACAGAUUUGAGUAUGGCUACCAUAGAAAUAUCGAGCGACGACCUCCAUACUUCGGAGGAACCACUUGAACAAUUUUCUGAAGAAGCUUUGCUCGUUGAAUUUAUUGAAAAAGUUACUGAAGAUUAUCACUCUUCAGAGUCGUUUAUACUCCCCCUAGGAAUAUCGAGCGACGAUCAUCAAGAUUCGGAAGAACAACCUGAACAAUUUCCUGAUGAAGUUGCGCUCGUAGAAGCUGCUCAAAAUAUUGUCAAAGAUGUUGGUAACACAAAUUUGAGUACGUUUUUGGGGGGAAAGUCGAAUGACGGGUGUGAUACGGAUACAGCACCUGAACAAUAUUCUGAAGCAGAUGCGUAUGUGGAACAUGUUAACGAAGAUAAUCAAUUUCCAAAUUUGACCGCCGUCUCUCCACAAAAAUUGAAUGACAACAGCCCUUGUAACGCAGAAGCGCAGUCUCAACAACGUUCUGAAGAGGUAGAUCCCGCUUCAGAAGAUUUACGGGGCUGUUUUUCUGAUCCGACAAAAGCGACCGAUUAUGUGUUCUUCAACGUAUUACUUGACGACAACGAGGUUGUCAGCGGUAUUUCUGUCAGUCCUCAAAUUAACUGUCAAUUACGUAGGAAUGAUACCUCUGCCAAUUCAAAAAAUGAACUGUUCGAUACCGGACAUGUUGGGCAAACACUGCACAUGGAACAAGUGCAAGUGACAACCCAACUGCCAAACUAUAAUGAUGAGCUAAAUGUGUGCCAGCGCAAUGGGCAGGCCUGUCCUUUAGCAGGGUGCUCAAAACACCGAAAAAAUGGUGAUGUGGGCCGUAUUACUCGCUCUGCCAAAAAGAAAAAAGAUCUUCCUAGCGUAGCUACCUCGAUACAAACCUCGGACAGUGUUCCAAAAAAAGUACGAGGAGUAUUGACGCGAGAUUCGCCUCCAUACUAUUGCAAUAUUUGUGAUAAAACAUUUUCCGUUAAACGUUAUUGGAGAAGACACCAGCAAGGACAUUCGAAGCCAUUCGUGUGUCCAAAGUGUAAGAAACCAUUUGCUACAAAAUACCGCCUCAUUAGACAUCAAGCAGCUCAUAGUUACAAGAAACCAUACAAAUGCGGAAUUUGUGACACACGAUUCAAGCAUAAUGACACUAAAUUACAUCACGAACGAUAUAAGCAUACGGAAGUCGCUUGUUUCCAGUGUGCUGUUUGCGGGAAAAUGAUUAACAAUAAAAAUUUCAUCAUUCACCACCUGCUAGUGCAUUCUGAUCAAAAACUGUUUCGUUGCCAAACCUGUGGUACAAGUUUUUCUGACAAAAGCACCCUUGUUGUACAUCAAGGGACGCAUAGUAGAAAAAAAAACUUCAAAUGUCGCAUUUGCAAUAAGCGAUUUAAAUACCAAAAAGCUAUGGCCCGGCACGAACGUUUACAUGAGGGCCCUCGUUUUGAAUGCAGCUUAUGCGGCAAGAAAUAUCGCCAGAAACAGGGUCUAACCUAUCACUUAUCGCACAGUUGCAGUUAUAUUACAAUAAUAAGUUUUUAAAUGUGUACAGAUUCAAAUUUGGGUUCUCAUAAUUUUUGUGUUUCUGAGUUUUUAACUAGCCAUGAUGAAUCAGUCUAAAAAUUGUUUCCAAAUUUUUCUAUUGAAAUGGCGGAUGCCUGGAUGUACAUACUCGUAUGUAACAUACCUAAUAUGUACCUACGUGUUCAUAUUUUAGUAAUAGGUACUGAAUUUCAUUCAUUUUUAUCUAAUAAACAAAUGUAUAAAUAUGUUCCUAACAGUGGGGCAAAAUAAUUAAAUUAAAAAUUAGUUUUAGUAAUACUUAAUUUUAUUCAUUUUUACCUAAUACCAAUUGUACAUAUAAUUAACUAUGUAACAGUGCGUCAAAAUAAUUAAAUUCAAAAUUAGUAGCGUUGAUCAUCGCAUUCUACACCGAUUUGCAGUUUGACUAUUUUACUUUUAGAGAGAAAUGAUACCUAUUCAUCUUCAUGUUGAAAAACUGGGUAAUAUAAAUAGGGUUGUCGAA